CGUCGUCGUCUCCAUCGCCAUCGCCAUCAUCAUCCUCGCCAGUCCAAGUCGACACCACAGCAUCGCCGGCCUCGUCAAAGUCCCUUUUGUCUCUCUGCACUCCGCACUCCCAUGGCUACCCCGUCGUUUUUCCAUCAGAUCCAUCGAAGCUACAUCGAUGUCCCCAUCACCCCCGAGGAGGGGAUCGAUACGGGAGCCUUUCUCGAGGCCACCGAGAGCCUGAUCAAGCUCUUUGACUCGAUGGGAUCUGCCUUUGCCAGCGUCAAGGCCGAUAUGCAGGGCAACGUCACCAAAAUCAGAACAAAGUUCCUCAGCGAUCCGAUCAACCUCAGCACCCUCCAGAGCAUCGUCUUGGCUGAAAAGUCCGACAAGAAGAAGACGGCGACCGAGGCUCUGCUCUGGCUGAAACGUGCCCUCGAGUUCACAUCGGCUGGCCUGCGACGCAGCCUGGAUCAGCCCACCGAGGAGCUCAGCGUCUCGUUCUCCAAGGCAUAUGAGGUGACCCUGGCCCAGUUCCACAGCUUCUUGAUCCGCCCUGUCUUUGCGCUCGCAAUGAAGGCGUGCCCUCUGCGAAAGGACUUUUACGCCAAGCUGGCGGGAUCAGAGUCUCCCGAGGAUCUGGUGAAGCAGAUGUCCGAGUGGCUGUCUGCCUUGGAGCACCUGAUCGGCAUCCUUAUCAAGUUCUACGUCGCCGGCAACUACGACAAGCUCUAAUCCGGUGCGAUUGGAGUGUCCAGGCCCCUCCUCUCUCUCUCUCCUGCCCCUUUCCCGCGGUGGUACUGGUGUCGAGCUCCUGGACAUCUCUCCCAGAUUCCCUUCCCUCAACCCGAUGAUGAUACCGAUGCAGACACGCACUUGUUUUUGAAGGUGCAGAGUCGUCGGUCGUUGCUUUGUGGACCCUCUGCUUCGACCGAUCGCCAACUCUCCGUCAACCUGUCUGCAUGGCACUGCUUUUGUUAUGUAUCUAUCCAGUCCCUCCUCCUCCUCCUCCUCCUCCUCUUCCACCACCU